AUGCUGUUCUUCGGCGGCGGAGUCCAGAGCCCGCGCCGUCGCAAUAAGGAAAAGGCGAUCUUCUUCACAAUUGUCAUCAUCUACGCUCUAUAUUUUCUCUUCUUUGCAAAAAGCUCCACGGACCGAGAGUCAGCGGUCUCGGCUCAUCAUCCGGUACACGAAGCGGCGAACCGGGACUCGCGUUCGGGGCAGGCAUCCCCGUCGCACGACACCAAGAGAAUCGAGAGAGAUAUGGUGGUCGCAAGCAUGAAGAGCGAUAAUACCUCAUGGUUGUUCGAGAAUUUCCCGGACUGGCAUAAGAGCGUCUACGUGGUCGACGAUAAGAAUGCGGAGUUGACCGUGGCGCAGAACAAAGGACGGGAGUCUAUGGUAUAUUUGACAUACAUAAUUGAUAAUUAUGACCGUCUGCCGGACGUGAUGCUUUUCAUCCACUCGCAGCGCUUUCAAUGGCACAACGACGAUCCCUACUACGAUGGAGUUCCCAUGCUCCGUCGUUUCCAAGUGCCUUAUCUCCAAAAGCAAGGCUAUGUCAAUCUGCGCUGUGCGUGGACUCUCGGAUGUCCGGCGGAGAUCCACCCGCACACCGAUACGCACCGUGACGACGUGCAUGCGGGGGAGUAUUUCAAGAACGGCUUCAUGGAGCUGUUUCCUGGUGCUGAUGUACCAGACGAGGUUGGAGUAUCAUGCUGCGCGCAGUUUGGAGUCACAAGCUGGAAGGUCCGCCAACGGCCCAAGAGUGACUAUGUGCGGUUCAGGAAGUGGUUGUCGGAGACGCCCCUCAAGGAUGACCUAAGUGGACGGAUUAUGGAGUACUCGUGGCAUAUGAUCUUUGGCCAGGGACCAGUGCACUGCCCCACGGCGGAAGAAUGCUAUUGCAAGGUGUUCGGUUUAUGCGAUUUGACAUGUCCGAAUGAGAGGGAAUGCGCUGGGCGCUAUGUGCUGCCGCCGUAUUCAACUCUUCCACAGGGUUGGCCGUACAUUGGUUGGAAGGGCCAGCAGCAAGAUCCCAGUACAGGCCUUCCAGAGACCUAA